AAGAUACAACGAGCGAGAGAGAGAGACUUCCGGGAGGCACAUUUUUGCUCAGGCGUUAACUUGAAACAAAUGGCGUGAUUUCUGUGAACUCCAUUUUUCCAGUUGUGUAUGAUUAUAUCUCUUUUUGUAUAGAGCGAGCCAUUAUCGAGCGAGAGAUAUUUGUUCCUGCUCUAAGUGCCAAUAGGCAUGGCUGUAUGGAAACUAAGCAUGUAAGGAGCUCUUGGUGUGCAGCCCAUCUCCAUCUGCAGCCUUCAUAUUUGCAGAAAGAAGCAGAGGUAGCCAAAGCAGUAGAAGCAUGGACGCGGUCCUGAGCAGGUUGAAAGAUCUCACUGCUGACGAGUUGAGGGAGGAGAUCAUCAAAGCCAACUUGAAGUGUGGCCCCAUCACUGCCACGACAAGAGCCAUAUUUGAGCGUAAGCUUGCCAGGGCUCUAGUGGAGAAUGCUGGACUUACUGAGCCUGAUGGCAGCAACGGGAACAGUGCCUCAUUGGAUGGCUCUGGGAGUUUAGUGGCACCCAGUGCCACAUCAGCAACCCCAGAUCCGGUCACAGGCGAGGAUGGAGAUUUUGGGUACGGCAUGGGCCUUAACCCGCCGGAAGAGGAGGCUCUGAGCGGAACGGUGUGCCCCUGUAAUGUGGAGAAUUCACAGUUGGAGGCACAGACUCCCUCUAAAACUGCACAGGUGUCGCCCACCUUCUUCUACGGGGUGUGUCCUUUGUGGGAGGAUGUACUGGCUAGGAAUGAGAGAGCCCAUGUGUACAUAGAUAAGAAAGAGGCUUUGCAGGCCGUUAAAAUGAUGAAGGGGGCUCGGUUUAAAGCUUUCUCCAAUCGUGAGGAUGCUGAGAAGUUUGCCAAAGGCAUAUGUGACUACUACCCUUCGCCUAGUAAAAGCACUCCAUGUGUUUCUCCCGUCAAACCUGGCCUGGUGUUUAACAAAGACCACCCAUCUAUGAUGGAGGCAGACACAAUCAACAGGGAAAAGGCAAACAGUUUUAAGAGCCCUCGGACACAAGAUUUGACGGCCAAGCUAAGGAAGGCCGUGGAGAAGGGAGACGAGAUGGCCUUUACUGAGCUGGUCUGGAGCAACCCUCGUUACCUCAUUGGGUCAGGGGACAACCCAACUGUAGUCCAGGAAGGCUGCAGGUAUAACGUGAUGCAUGUGGCUGCUAAGGAGAACCAGGCAGGCAUUGUUCAGAUCCUGUUGGACACUCUUGAGAACCCAGAUUUCAUGCGUCUUAUGUACCCAGAUGACCAGGAGAGCAUGCUGCAGAAACGCAUCCGGUAUAUCGUAGACCUGUACCUCAAUACGCCAGAUAAAGCUGGGUUUGAGACGCCUCUCCACUUUGCGUGUAAAUUUGGCUGUCCAGAGGUGGUAAACAUACUCUGUUCUCAUCCAGACAUUGACAAGAACUGCAAGAACAAGUACAACCAGAAACCCUCAGAGGUCAUUUGUGAAAGAAUGAAAGAGAAGGGUAAAAUUCAGGAGGUCAAACAGAAGAUAAAUGAAUAUUUAGAAGAUCGAUUAUACAUCCCUUUAUUGAGAGCCACUGAUAACUCCUCCCAGCCUGUGAUUGGUACACCUUGGUCCCCUGAGCCAAUGGAAAACCUUUCACCAAGGUUACCCAGAAGCCCAAAGGAUCCAGUUAUGGCAGUCAGGGCCUUUGCUGGGCCUUUGAGUCCAUCUAAAGCGGAUGAGUUCAGACGGGCGUGGAAGACUCCUCCCAGAGAACGAGCAGACCAUUUCCACAACAUCUUAAAGUCCGACCCAGACCGUGGGGCAGAAAGAGUUGGCAGAGAUCUGGCCCAUGAGCUUGGUCAUCCCUGGGCAGAGUACUGGGAUUUCCUGGAUAGUUUUGUGGAUCUGCAGUCAACUGAAGGCCUGAAAGUGCUUGAAGAAUACCUCAGUAAAAAGGACUUCAAGGAGCGCGCUCAUGAGGAGGCUGGAGAGAAUGAAACCAGCAACAGGUUUAAAACCCCAUCUCCGGGCAAACUGAAGAAGUUCUGUAACUCCAUCUCUGUGGGGGCAUUUCUGGAUGAGGGUGAUGACAUCAGCCUGGAGGAGAUCAAGAACAGGCAGAAUGCUGCACUCACCAGUAUUUCUUCUGUGUGCUCCAAAGAUGGCCUGCAGGGGGCGGUAGGGGGGCUUGAAUUUCACAUCCUACCAGUUUCCCACAGUGCUGACCUCAUAGAGGUAGCAGCAGAGCAGGAUUUACUGCUCUCCGAAAAAUCCUUGAUCUCCAGCAGUAAAAAUGGCCUGUGCGAACAGGGCCCCGGGGACAGGACUCCAAACGGGGACAAAAUGUCCCCUCGCAUCUGCAGUUCCUCUAGUUCCUGCAUGCUGUCGCCCAUCUCGAACCUAAUGGCUGAGUUUGAGAGGAUGUCUUUGCUGGAUGAGCCAGAGAGGACAAACAGGGAGAGAAGAAGGAGUGGAGGGAAACGCCACAGAGACGCCCAGGCCACAGAGCUCACCUCGGGACUGGGCCGCCUCUCGUUGUCCUCGGAAGAUGACUCUGUGUUUGAGAAGGACAGGACGUCUGUGUUACGAGCAGCUGAGAAUGAUGGAGUGGAGAGAAGAAAUGAAGUAGAUGGGAGGUCCAGUGCAAGUUCAGAUGAAUACUUUCUGGCCAGUGAGAGGUUAGAACCUAUGAACCAACAGACCAUAGAGACCUCAGGGGGUGAGCGCACGAUAUGUGCCAGAUCAAAGUCCUGGGAUCAUGGGGGAAGAGACCUCAGCUCCUCAGGGUCUUCCAGCUCCUACAGAUCACUUGACAGCUCUCAGGACUUCAUACUGAGGACCCCUCCCAGAGUGACGAAAAGACUCUUCAUUGAAGGUGAUUCACCCACCAAGUUGGACAGGGAGGUUUUGUCAGCUUUAGGAGUCACAGAUGUUGACCCUCUGAAGUAUCCCAGCAUUCACAAAUGGAAGAGCACAAUUCAGGCAUUCUCCCACUUAGAAAUGCAAAGCUGGCAGACUCCUGCAGUGUACAAGAGCCAUUUCAGGGCUCACUCAGUCACCCCUGGCUCUCCAGCGAGUGGUUUGAUGUCCCCCGUGGGCCGUUUCAGCCCAGCUCGUCACAUGGGCUCACCGGACGUCUGCAGCCCCGGACGCUACAGCCCAGCACACUCCAAUUACAGCCCCGCUCAUUCAAACUACAGCCCCGCUCAUUCAAACUACAGCCCUGUCAGCUAUAUCCAACGUAUCCGGCUAAAACAUUUCGGCGAUGCCCCCAUUUAACAAACGCUCUCCAUCCCGUCCAGUCCCACCGCCAAUUUCUACUGAUUAGUAACUGAAAUAACAAAAGUAACUAAAUCCAGAGUGGGCUGUUUCAGAGGAUGGAACAUUUGGAGAACAAUGCUAGAAGAACAAUGUUAUAAUUGGAGAACAUUGUUAUAAUGGAAGCCAUGAAAUCUGCUCAAAAUGGGCUCUUAGUGCCGUGCAAACCGUAGAUAUGAUCUCGCAACAGGCCGUCCUUCAGUUUGAAUGCUCCUUGGUUCAUAGAACACAGCUCAAAUAAUAAUAUGCACAUCUCCUGUGGGUUUUUGAAUCAUAAUAUAUAUAAAUAUAUAUAUUCGGUACUUCUGUGUAUGACACCGAGUAUGUUGAUCUGUGAUGGUCGUAUAGACUUUUCUAACCUGGUUUUGUUUUGUUUUCUGGUUUCUUUAUCUAUGUGUGUGUGUUUGUGUGUGUGUGUGUGUGUGUGUGUGUGUGUGUGUGUGUGUGUGUGUGUGUGUAUGCUUGGGAGAUACAUCUGUGAAUUUACAAAGCUGUGUCUUUAAUGGAAAUUAUUAAUUUCCCACUUAACAGUCACUUAAAUUGGGGGAAAAGAUGUCAAUAUGUAAACACAGAAACCCAGAGCUAAAUUAAAAUAAUGUAGUAGUAAAUUAUUGAAUUAUUUUUGCUAGUUAACCAUCAUUAGCACAAAAUGCUCAUUUUAAUGGGUAUUUAAUGGUUUUUAAGGAAAAAAAAAAAGUCGACUGACUGCCAGAAGUUAUUUUUUAUUCUUUAAUUGGAGAACUGCCUUACAUUUCUUAAAGGAAAGACCAACUUCUGAAUUUAAAAAGCAGGUGUUUAUUCAUGCAUUGUUAAUAGCAGCCUUAGGUGUUGGGAAAUAUGGUCUAUAACGUGUGAAAAAAAUAUUCCCCUUUUUUAUUUUUAAGUUCAAUAAAUGUGAUUUAUCAUUUCUAAGUACGUAUUUGUUUGCACUUUUAAUUCUUUUUGGAUUUUGAUGCAAAAGUUCAUCAUGACCAACAGAUGAGACUUAGUUGAGUUUGAUGGAAAGAUUUGAAUCUGCAUAGUUUGAGCCAUACCGUGUUCAAACACAUGCAAAGUUGGUGAUGAUUGAUGAGUGUGGAUGGCAGUUUGGUACUGUCUUGUUACAUAAAUGUCAUAAUAGCUGUAAGACUUGAUGAUUGUGAAUCCAGAGUGUUGUAAGUGCACUUUAAAUGUGUUCAAAGAUCAUUUGCCCCUUAUCCCAUCAUCAAUGAACAAUGUUUCAAUCUCGCCCCUAGAUCAUGUCAGUGCGAUUCUCUCAUUGGCUAUUGAAAUGGAUUCAUUUUGCCAGAUCUCAAACGAUUCACCCCAUUCAUUUUCAAAUCAAAGCUACAUGUGCAAAAGCAUAUGCAAAAUCUCCAGGUAGCUCAGUUUUAUGUGAUGAAUAUCUCAAGGAAAUGAGUCCAAAACAUCCUCUGUGGUACUUUCAGAUCAUGUGAUCUAUUUCUUUGGUGCCCAUCAUUCUCAGUGUAGUGCUGGCCUGUUGAUCUUUGCUUUGUAAAGCUUUAGUGCCUUUGAUUAUGAUCUGUUUGGAAGAGCCUGUGGCUCCUCAGUGCAUGACAAAUGCACAAAAGCUGAUUAGACCUUUUUUUCCCCCCUCUGUUUCCUAGUAUAAAAUACAGUACAGUAGCAUUGGCAUAUGCAGUGUCUGAAUACCUCUUAAAUGCGAUUGUAAGAGAAGAAAAAAGGUUUACAGUUUAGUUAUUGCUAGUGUUGUAUCAAUGCCAGCCUUACUUUUUGUUAAACGAUGCUUUGUAGUGCCAACACUGGUGGAUUGAAAAUGAGUUGCAGUUUAUUGUUGAGAAUUGAAUUAUUUUUGUUGUCCUGGCCUUUUUGUUGCAUGCAUUUCUAGUCCUAUUUUAUUACAGUAUACGUUAAAGGAAAGUAUUUGAUGUUCUAUUGAUGAACGAUAAAUAAAGUGCACAGUCUUGUAA